CCUGGAUCUUCACACUGUCUGGAUGGCUGCUCUUGCACAAAUGACAACUUGGGAAGGUCCUUACUUUGUAUGGAAAACUCCAUGGGACAUAUCCCAGAGGACAUUCCGAACGAUUUCAUCAAAAUCCGAAUCGAAAACUCCCACCUGACUGAAUUACCGCAUGGGUCGUUCUCUAAACUGAGUGCCUUGGAGUUUCUGUGGCUCAAUUUCAACGACAUCGCCCUGAUGAACAUGAAAAGCCUGGAGGGCUUGUGGAACCUUACCGAGCUGAGGCUGCAAGGAAACAAACUGGGUUCAGUACCAUGGACGGUGUUUCAGUACACACCGAGCCUCAAGAUUUUAGACCUGAAGCACAAUCGACUAGACGCGCUCCCAGAAAAUGCUCUAAGAUAUUUAUUGGGCCUGACCUACUUAGAUUUAUCCUUCAACAAACUCAGCGUGAUAUCAAAAGAUGUCUUUGUUAGCUGGCCCCUUUACCGGAUGGCAGAAAAAGCGUGGGGGAAAGAGGGGAUGGUCUCCAACAUUGUUUUGGCACUCCAUGACAAUCCGUGGUUGUGUGACUGCCGCCUCAAAGGCUUUGUCGAAUUCAUCCGGGCAGUCGGCCCUCCUAUUAUAUUGAUGAACUCUUAUUUAACGUGUGCGGGCCCCAGCUCCAGAUCUGGGAAGUACUUCUAUGAGAUCCAAUUAAAGACCUGUACGAAGCCAGUGGCCUCCGCUCUGGAGCAAAACAUUACUUUAUCCCUGGGGGCAGAAAUGAUGCUCACGUGCUUGGUUAAGGCCAGGCCUGAGCCCACCAUUCAGUGGAUGUACAAUCUGAAGAAUCUAAGAGGAUUUACCGUUACUCAAACACGUGUUGAUGAGGAGACCAUCAGCUCCCAGCUGGUGAUACCCUCUCUACAUCUAACAGACAGAGGGUCGUAUACCUGCAUGGCCAACAACUUCAUAGGGAAUUCAUCUGCCAGGGUUGUAGUCAACAUCAAGUCCGCCCAUUCCUCAGCUCCCAUCCCCACACCAUUCCCUAUGGUGUCACCGGAUGAGAGUGUCUACAUUGACAUCCGCAUCUCCAAGCAGACCGUUCACGGCAUCACCCUGGAGUGGUACGCCGCAACUUCAAACCCCGCUGAAACCUGGUACACCAUCCACUUUGGUAGAUACGACUCCCCGAAAAAGGAGACGAUCUACGUAGGGCCCGGCAUCAACAGCUACUCGGUCGGCGACUUGCUGCCCGCCACCAAGUAUGAGGCGUGUGUCACUUUGAAAAACCAGCCGCCGCUGGAGGGCCAGUGCGUUGUGUUUGUGACGGGAAGCAACGUCAGCGAGCUGGAGCAGAGGGGGAGACUCAUCCACAUUGUUGUCAUCGUGUGCGUCAUGGUGUUAGCCGUGCCGGCUGGCAUGUACGCCUGCACCACCGAGGCCAGGUUCAACUGCAUUGAACGCUGCAGCGACAUGUGGAGGAGGCGCAGGAUGCGUGCUGACGACCCGCAGGACGGGGAGAGGCGGGGCACCUUUGACAGCCUGCAGGCUGCAAGUGACGAGAGCCUGUGCCAGGACUCGGCGGAGAACAAGAUCAUGAGGCGGAGGUCGGAGGAUAAGAGCAAAGGAGGCAGCGGGGCUUAUCUAUAUUAG